AUGAGUGGCUUCCUCGCCUCCCUGGACCCCCGGCGGGUACAGUGGGGGGCUUCCUGGUAUGCCAUGCACUCCAGGAUCCUGCGCACCAAACCGGUGGAGUCCAUGCUGGAGGGAACAGGGGGCACCACAGCACAUGGUACCAAGCUAGCCCAGGUGCUCACCACCGUGGACCUCAUCUCACUUGGCGUUGGCAGUUGCGUGGGCACAGGGAUGUACGUGGUUUCUGGCCUGGUGGCCAAGGAGAUGGCAGGACCUGGUGUCAUUGUGUCCUUCAUCAUUGCAGCUGUUGCAUCCAUAUUAUCAGGUGUUUGCUAUGCAGAGUUCGGAGUCCGUGUCCCGAAGACCACGGGGUCGGCCUACACCUACAGCUAUGUCACCGUGGGGGAGUUUGUGGCAUUUUUCAUCGGCUGGAACCUGAUCCUGGAAUACCUGAUUGGCACUGCGGCCGGUGCCAGUGCCCUGAGCAGCAUGUUUGACUCGCUGGCAAACCACACGUUCAGCCGCUGGAUGGUGAACAGCGUGGGGACCCUCAAUGGCCUGGGGAAAGGUGAGGAAUCCUACCCAGACCUUCUGGCUCUGGUGAUCGCGGUCAUCGUCACCAUCAUCGUCUCGCUGGGGGUGAAGAACUCUGUGGGCUUCAACAACGUGCUCAAUGUGCUGAACCUGGCGGUGUGGGUGUUCAUCAUGAUUGCAGGCCUCUUCUUCGUCAAUGGGAAGUACUGGGCUGAGGGCCAGUUCUUGCCCCACGGCUGGUCAGGGGUGCUGCAAGGGGCAGCCACAUGUUUCUAUGCUUUCAUUGGUUUUGACAUCAUCGCCACCACCGGAGAGGAAGCCAAAAAUCCCAACACGUCCAUCCCUUAUGCUAUCACCGCCUCCUUGGUCAUCUGCCUGACAGCAUAUGUAUCUGUGAGCAUGAUCUUAACUCUGAUGGUGCCAUAUUACGCCAUUGACACGGAAUCCCCGCUCAUGGAGAUGUUUGUGGUUCAUGGGUUCUAUGCUGCAAAAUUCAUUGUGGCCAUUGGGUCAGUUGCAGGACUGACGGUCAGCUUGCUGGGCUCCCUCUUCCCAAUGCCGAGGGUCAUUUAUGCCAUGGCUGGAGAUGGGCUCCUUUUCAGGUUCCUAGCUCAUGUGAGCUCCUACACAGAGACGCCAGUGGUGGCCUGCAUCGUGUCGGGGUUCCUGGCGGCUCUCCUCUCGCUACUGGUCAGCCUGAGAGAUCUGAUAGAGAUGAUGUCCAUUGGCACACUCCUUGCCUACACCUUGGUCUCUGUCUGUGUCUUGCUCCUUCGAUACCAACCAGAGAGUGACAUUGAUGGUUUUGUCAAGUUCUUGUCCGAAGAGCACACAAAGAAGAAGGAGGGCAUUCUGGCUGACAGUGAGAAGGAAGUAUGUUCUCCUGUGAGUGAAGGAGAAGAGUUUUCUGGCCCUGCCACCAACCCAUGUGGGGCCAAGAACUUACCAUCCUUGGGAGACAAUGAGAUGCUCAUAGGGAAAUCUGACAAGUCAACCUACAAUGUCAACCACCCCAACUACGGCACUGUGGACAUGACCACAGGCAUAGAAGCUGACGAAUCUGAAAACAUUUAUCUCAUCAAGUUAAAAAAGCUGAUCGGGCCCCGUUACUACACCAUGAGGAUCCGGUUGGGCCUUCCAGGCAAAAUGGACCGGCCCACAGCAGCUACGGGGCACACGGUGACCAUCUGCGUGCUCCUGCUCUUCAUCCUCAUGUUCAUCUUCUGCUCCUUCAUCAUCUUUGGUUCUGACUACAUCUCAGAGCAGAGCUGGUGGGCCAUCCUUCUGGUUGUUCUGAUGGUGCUGCUGAUUAGUGCCCUGGUGUUUGUGAUCCUGCAGCAGCCAGAGAACCCCAAGAAGCUGCCCUAUAUGGCCCCUUGCCUCCCCUUUGUGCCUGCCUUUGCCAUGCUGGUGAACAUCUAUCUCAUGCUAAAGCUCUCCACCAUCACAUGGAUCCGGUUUGCCGUCUGGUGCUUUGUGGGAAUGCUCAUUUAUUUUGGGUACGGCAUCUGGAACAGCACCCUGGAAAUCAGCGCCCGCGAGGAGGCCCUGCACCAAAGCACGUACCAGAGCUACGACGUGGACGACCCUUUCUCCGUGGAGGAGGGUUUCUCCUAUGCCACCGAGGGCGAGAGCCAGGAGAACUGGGGCGGGCCGUCCGAAGACAAAGGCUUCUAUUACCAACAGAUGUCAGAUGCCACGGCCAGCCCCCGGACAAGUAGCAAAGCGAAGAGCAAAAGCAAACACAAACAGAACUCGGAGGCCCUGAUUGCGAACGAUGAGUUAGAUUACUCGCCAGAGUAG